AUGCGUUAUUUACAAAAGGGUCCUUGUCAACCUCGCAACCAUAAGUUUCCCAAAUCAAAAUCUGGUGAUCAUGAACGGAGUUUCCAACAUUCUUGGUUUGACAAAUAUCCCUAUUGGUUGGAAUAUAGUGUUGAGAAUGAUGCUACAUAUUGUUUAUGUAGUUAUCUUUUCAAACCAGAUAAAGGUGAGCAAAGUGGCGGUGAUUCUUCUGUUCUUGAUGGGCUUCGCAAUUGGAAGAGAUUCGAAAAAUUUAAAUAUCGUAUUGGAGGUCCUAACAGCUAUCAUAACCAAGCUUUGAAAAAUUGUCAAGCUUUGAUGAACCAAAAGCAACAUGUGAGUACAAUUAUUAAUAAGAAAUCUGACCAACAACGAGAAGAUUAUCGUAUUUGGUUGAAAGGAUCAAUUUUUGCUAGUCGACUUCUUCUUCGGCAAGGAUUGCCUUUUCGUGGCUAUGAUGAGUCUAAUAAUUCAAUGAAUCGGGGAAACUUUCUUAAACUUUUACACUAUAUAGCUAAGCAAAAUGAAGAAUAUAGAUUAGUAACAUUGGAGAAUGCUUCUGGACAUGAUAAAUUGAUUGCUCCUAGUACCCAAAAAGACAUAAUCAUUGCAUUUGCAGUUGAAACCAUCAACAAACUAAUUAGUGAUCUUGGAAAUGCUUUUUUUUUUUUUUUUUCUAUAUUAGUUGAUGAAGCUCGUGAUGGAUCCAACAAAGAGCAGAUGGCAAUUAUCUUACGUUAUGUAAAUAAAAAAGGAUGUGUUGUUGAGUGUCUAUUGAGCAUUAUGCAUGUCACAGAUACGACUACUUUGUCACUAAAGAUGGGAAUCAAAACAUUGUUCUCUAAAUACAAUUUGAGUAUAUCAAGAUUACGUGGACAAGGUUAUGAUAGUGCAAGUAAUAUGCAAGGUCAGUUUAAUGGGUUAAAAGCACUUAUAUUGAAAGAUAAUGAAUAUGCUUUCUAUGUUCAUUGCUUUGCUCACCAACUUCAACUGACACUUGUAGCUGUGGCAAAAAAGGAUACAAAUAUUGAAACUUUUUUUGAAAGUUUCUUGUGUGAUAAAUAUUGUUGGAUGGUCACCUAG